AUGGCGGGGCGGCUGUUGUCCAAACUGUUGCUGAUCCUGCUGGCCGUGCUGGUGUCCACUCUGCUGCUGCCGGUGCUGUCGUUCGAUCUCCUGUGGCUGUUGGUGAUGCUGCUGUUGUCCAACCGACUGGCGCUCGUCCAGCUCACCAUGUCGUUGCUGCCGGUGGUGUCCGGGCUAUUGCAGAUAGCCAAGCUGGAGCUGCUGCUCGUACAAAGCAAGCUGCUGCUGCUGCUGUCGGAGGCAAACCCCGUCGUCAUGGGUACGCUGAGACUGGGCGCCUUCAUUUGGGAAGCGCUAUCUGAAACACUAUCGUCGACACCCUUCUCCCAGCCCAGCGUGAGCGGUCGCAGCUACGCAGUCAGAGGCCGAUUAGCUCGCAUAAUGGUCCGCCACGAAGAGGCGGAUUUCUACGACGGCGCGCCGUCCAGCUUGCGGAGCCCCAUACUGAGCGCCGUCAAGUCGGCGAGGUGGUCGGUCGGCCAUCGUGGAUACUGA